CAUCUCUGCUGAGCUGGUAGCAAUGAGUUUUGGCUGGGGCUUGGCUCUGCUUUGCUAUUUAAGUCUAUGGGACUUAGCCAGGACCUCUAAUGUUCUCUACCUGCAGAAGCCGAAUUCCACCACCAGACCUGGAUUCCCCAGACCCAUGAACACCAAUGACCCCGGCGUUCGCAGAGCCGCUCGCUUUGGGGUUUAUCGCUAUAACAACAGCUCAAACGACAUUUUUCUAUUCAAAGAGUCUCGUAUAACUAAAGCAAUGGUGCAGGUUGUCAGAGGGCUGAAAUACAUGCUUAAUGUGGAAAUUGGCCGGACGGUGUGUGACAAGAGGGGACACUCCAACUUGGACAGCUGCGAUUUUCAGAAGAAGAAAAAGCUGCAACAAAUGUUCAAAUGCUAUUUUGAGGUCUGGACUAUCCCCUGGCUACAGCGAGUCCAAGUGCUGCUUGCUCUCUGUCACUGAUCCAGCUUCCUCAGCCACAGACGCACCUGCCUCAAUGCACUCGCAGUGAGGAUUUGGGUACUGUCUGUUUUCUGUUAGCAGCAGAGACCAGUGAAGAAUUGCUGCAAAGAGAUCAUUCCAGUGAAUGGCUGUUUUUCAAGUAUGACUCCUUGGGAAGAUAGUUGAAAAGUCUACACCACAAAACCCACUGAGCAACAGGAUCUUAGCGAAUCAGGUUAAUGUUUACUGCUGUCCAGCUGAGGCAUUUUGACAAAUUAACUAACCUGUAGAAGACAGUUUUAUUUCUCCAAUCGACACUGGCCCAUCAGUCAGAUGGAAAGUAAACUAGAUUCUAACUGCAUUAGCUGAAACAUUCACAUACAGUCUAAAUGGACCAUGGUGGCCAGCUGUAUGUGAUUUCAGCUGCUGUAUGGCAGAAGUGACACAAACUAGGCAGCACUUGUACAUUAUCCACAAUAACCUAUCCAUGCACAUGCUGAGAGAUCUUAGGGAAAAUGUUGUUUGCAAUUCUAAGAGGAAUAAAUUGCCUGCAGAGUUUUAUUUUACUGAAACUCGGUUGCUUGAUUAUAUUUUUAUAAUUCAUCUGGGAAUUAAACUACACUCGUUCAAUGUCCAGUUAUUUGCCUUUUCCACUUGAAAUGUUGGUUGCCAAGAGCUCAGGUCUAAGAGAGUGAAUCAGCUCCCAAUGGCACUCGAUAACCCUUCAUCACUGACUCUUCUCACUUGUGCUUCACGCUGAAUGGCCAAACCCACUUGGGCCAUCAGCCGG